UCAGUCAACCGAACAAGGAUAUGUGAUCGAGACAUAAUCAGAGGAGUCGCAAGUCCGAUAAUCUUCCAUAUCAACCACGUGAACAUAUGAUACCUGGUCAACAGCAGUGAAUGGGGUACAACCAGAAGACUUCUCCAAAAACGUGUACUUUGAGUCUGGGCAGAAUGGAGCAGCUAUGUGGUGGACUUCUGCUGCUGUUCUGCGCCCUGUCACCACUGGAGCUGGAUGGGGCUCCGGUGAGUCCCUUCACACCUUCACAACCUGAGAACACAACCCUGCACGCACUGAAACAAGACACCAUGAUCACUACAAUCAAGCAAAGCCAGGAGCCUCCAGCAACUGCUGCUGCUACGCUUGAGACAACAACAGGACCAAUAUCCAAUCUAACGAAUCAUACAAUUCAAGGCCCUCCGAUGGCCCUUCAACCAGCAUCAAAUUAUACAGAGAAGCCAAGUGCAACUUCUGCAGUGGAAAUGAGCACACAUCGCCCAAUAGUUUUAGACAAGCUGAUAGUAAGCCCAACCUUAAGCCACUCUGAUGCCAAUCAGACGGAUUGGUUUGAGAGCCGCAACCAUACAGCAAUGACCAGUGCUGAGCCACACAGCAGCCAACCCACCCCCACAGCCAGGGGGGCGUCCACACGGAGCCCGUCUACCAACGCUACGCCAAGUAGCACACAACCAGCCACGGCUCCUACUGCAGGGCAUGCAAGUACAAGGCCACAGAAACCGACCACUAUGAGGAGCACCACAAGGAGAACUGCUCACCCAGUUAAACCCCCCACUCCUGCACCUACGGAGACCAGUGGGACUAUUGCAGCCAUCUUGAUUGGCUUGAUUUUGCUAGUGAUGUUUGUGGGCAUCAUAGUUAUCAUGGUCAAAAAGCGCCAAUGGCAGAGGAGGCAAAGGGAGAACUCAGACUGGGCAGGCCCCUCCCCAUUCCUCGAUGGAAGCACCCAGCCUCACUUCAGCACGGAUUCCACCAGGCAGGAGUCCAAGAGAAUCUCCAUCGCGGGGUUCCUUCCUCAAAAUCUCUCCAAGCGGAAUUCUCUGCUCGAUGAUAUGGAUGAGGGCCUUGAUAUGGACGUUUUGGCAGGUACCACAUUUGGACAAAACCACCACGUUGAAACUAAACCAGCGAACGGAACUUUUCAAGAGAAAAAAAGGGAAAUUGAGAAUGAGCAGGACACUCAGACCAUCAACUCCGCUUCAGAGACUGUCCAAAAGACCACUGAUGCAGCUAUCACCGACCCAAAUCCAGAAGCAGAGAUCAUUAAGGAGGACAAUAACUCUGACAUAAAUCCAAACGAGACUCCCUCAGGUCUACCACCACCACCAGCCAGCAUCCCUCCUCCACCAACAAGCAUCCCUCCUCCACCAGCCAGCAUCCCUCCUCCACCAGCCAGCAUCCCUCCUCCACCAGCCAGCAUCCCUCCUCCACCAGCCAGCAUCCCUCCUCCACCAGCCAGCAUCCCUCCUCCACCUCCAGGUACUGACCUUCAACCUUCAGAGGACACAACACCAGCAUCAGAAGUACAAAUCCCUCCAGCACCACCCUUGACUCCAUCCUAACUCCUAACGUCUACAAUACGUCACUCAUCUUUGAAAUACCAAAGAGAAACUAAACGGCCUGACCAAGCAUCAAAUACCACAAAGGAAGGAAACUGUUUAACUGGAAAGGGCAGAUGGAAAUAGCAUAAGCAUCAAACGAAAUUAAACUGAUCUGUGCAUCAGCAGGAACAGAAACUGAUGGCAUGCAUAUGAAAUAACAAAAAUAACUUACUAUUUUUGUGAAGUGAAACAUCAUUCAUACUUAGGGAAGAGACUGACAGGUACUGUAGACAGACAUAGGUAUGAUGAGACAUCUGUCUGAGCCAUGUAUUGGAAGGAGAAUGGGAAUGGACAGCCAUAAAAGAGAAAAGCUAAACAAGCCAGAGCCUGCAUUAUGCACAUUCAAUUGUAAUUGGACUACAUAUACAGUAAUUCCCCUGUAUAAGAUGUAUCGUGUAUACACAGCGUGACUGUUUUAUGGGGAGGAGGUAGCACUGAACACACCUGUGUAUUAAGCACAGUUUAUGAAGCAUUUCUUUAUUGUGUCAGAAGUGAGCGCCCACAAGAGGCGCAGCAGCCCAAUGAAUCAGAAUCAGUUUGUGCUUUAAUCCCCCCCCCCC